AUGAAGGUUGGGGAUCCUUUAUACGGAGUUUUAUCUGAGAGUCAAGUUGGUCUGGAUCCUUUAACAGGGCGUCCGAGGAUUGUAGAUGAGAUGUUAGCAGAGAUGAGGGGAUAUAUAAUAAACGAUGAUGGAGUUGACAGGCAAGUCAAAGCAGAAAGGGUCAGAGCAUCAUUAAAAGACUUGGAGAAUGAUUACUUUGGGCAAAAAACUAUUCUCAUACUUGAACCACCCCCAAUAAUCUCUCAACUGGUAGACAGAGGAAAGGGGCAUAUCUUUAAUUUUGAGACUCAAGAUAGCAUCAAUGCAAAAGCUAAAGGUGAGAAAGAUGGUCAAAGGAUGAUGGCUGAUGCGAUUAGGUCCGGUGUAGCGAUGGGAAUUGGAUCUCUUGAGAGGCACACACAAUCUGAUCAACGGGCUGACAGCUUUGUGGAGGAGUUGGCUUCUCUGAUGAUGGCUCUUCCGGGACAAGCUUGA